GAUAACGUGCCGAACUGUAGGUAGAUAGCCUGUUUGGGCCUCUGCCGUUGGGCCAUCCAAGACGGGGAAGAGAGAGACAGAGAGAGAGAGGGGAAAAACCGCAAAGAGGAACCGAAUAGAGCACGAGAAGACCAUGGCCGCCGCGGCGGGCGACGAGCUGGAGACGGUCGAGGUGAAGCUGCGCGCCGUCGGUCCGUCCCGGCCCACUACCAUCCGCCUCCCCCCGCUCAUCUCGGUUGCCGAUCUGCGCCGCACCGUUGCUCUCGACCGGCGUCUCCCAGAAGACCGCCUCCGCCUGGUCCUCCGGGGGACGACUCUACCGUGGGGAGACGACACCCAUGUCAACCUCCGCGACGGGGAUAGCCUUAUAGUGGCCGUGGCACCUAAACCACCUGCUAAGCAUCUCCGUGAUGAUGAUGAUGACGAUGACGAUGAAGAAGAACUGAAGUUCAAAAUACCUCAAACAACAACCUGGUGGAAGAAAAGGAUUUUCAUAUUUCUUCGAGAAAAACUGAGAUUACCUGAUAUCUUGUUGAUGGCACUAUUUUCUGUCACUAUGAAAGCAUGGAUUGUUAUCACACUAUGGUUCCUAUUGGCGCCUAUUGCUCGAAAGUAUGAGGUGGGACCUUUAUAUAUACUUGCGACAGGUUUCUUGAUCAUACUUCUUAACCUUGGAAGACGACAACAAGGUGAUGUUAGUGCAUACUCCAUAUUCAAUGAAGACUUCAGGGAGAUUCCAGGAACAUUUAACGCGGAGCGCAUAGAUAGAGACCUCCGGGCAGGUCAAUUGUAAGCCCUUAUCUGUGUUGCCAGGACUGCAUUUUCCUGAUAUUUGAGUGUGCAAAUCCAGAAAACAGAGUUACGCACAGAUAUGCUGGUUUUGUAGCUGACGAGACCUCAACAGUAAAGUUGCCUGGAAAGUGGCAAGUGCAACUGCUUUAGCCGUUUUUGCAUGCAUUUUCAGCGCAGCCACCCCUGGUUGUCGUCUCCUGUGCGAUGAGCAACAUCACAACAUAAACAGAACUUACAUACAUGUGCUAAUGUGCGUCAGAUCUACCAGGGAAGAGUUAUCUCAUGUA